AUGGCCCACGGCCAGGAAGAUUGCGCUUCGGUGCUAGAGCAGUUCGUGCACGAUGUUGCGAACCUCCCAGCGGAGAUCAACCAUUUGAUGGAAGAAAUACAGGCCAAGGACAAGACUAUCCAAGACUGUCGCUCAAUCAUCAAUUCGCGAGACGCCAGUAUACAGAAAUUCAUCAAACUCAACGGCAGCCUUACCCCGAACCCAAAGGAAGAGCAGUAUUCGAAGGCCGUACUACAGAACCUCGACAGGUCACAGCAGCUACAAGACGAAAAGAUCCACCUGAGUGAAAAGGCGUGUAUCCUGCUGGACAGGCAGAUAAAGAGGCUCGACGUGAAGAUCCGCGACUUGCAGAACGAUGGUGUACUCUCCAAUGACCCUCCAAUUCCCUCGCUCUUCAACAGCAAAGAUUCAUACCGCGACCCCCCGAAGAUCUUCUUCCCCGACUCAACCAACGAGUCCGCGUCAUACUCCUCCCCUCUUACUGCAUCAACAGGCAACGCGAACCCGCUGGGAGCCACGCAAAGACUCAACCUCUCGUUGAACAGAUCACAUUCAACAUCUGCAAUGUCCUCACCAAAUGCCGCUCGGAGUUCCGCGCCCGCAACCCCAGCCUCCGCCGCAGCCCAAUUCCAACAACGCCAGCGCGAAUCCUCAGCUGGUGCUGUCGAGAACAAGCGGCGACGUCUCAAUGCCUCCCUCGGAACCCUCCCCGCCGCCUCCUCCAACCUCCGCCAAUCCUCACUAGGACCCGGAACGCCCAAAGCCGGGACGCCGGCCUCCACCCGCGCCGGCAGCGCUGGCCCACGCUCAACAGGAAUCACCAAGAAAGCCCUGACGAAGAAAGUCGCUCCGCACCAACAACUCAAGAAACUCAAAUCCAUCAACGGAAAACCAACUAAACGCUCGUCCAGUGCAAGCGGCCGUUUGAAGAUCAGCUCACACAAGAAAUCGCCUUCUGGUGGCGAUGAGGACGAGGACGAUUCCCUCCUCAGCAGCGCCGAGCUCUCCGACUCCGAGAACGGCGACGCUCGCCGCGGCGACGACGAUAUGGAUGAAGAUGACGAGGACGAGGGUAAUGAAGACACUAAGGUUUACUGUACGUGUCGUACAGUCAGUCACGGAGACAUGGUGGCGUGCGAUAACGACGAUUGCAAGUUCGAGUGGUUCCAUUGGAAGUGCGUUGGGUUGACGAGGGAGCCCGUGGGGAAGUGGUACUGUCCUGAUUGUUUGGCUGCGAAGGCAUCUGAAUAG